AUGAGGGCAAUUAACGUAGCAAUCGCCGAUGCGAUAGUGACGUGCUUGUGGUUUUUUUGUCCAUCGUUGUUGGAUGUACUUACUUUCGUUGUGGCUUCUGCUCUUGGGGUUAGCCAAGGCCUGCCUACGCAUCUUGUUAGUUUUUUUGUUUGUAUUCGGAUUUAUUGGCAUGUAUUGGGAGGCGCCACCUUCAAUCCCACCGGUCAUGCCUCCUUUUAUGCCUCCGGCGUCGGAGGUGCUGAGUCUCUUGUCACCGCCGCCGUUCGCUUUCCUGCUCAGUUAACCUCUUCUUGUACGAUUUUCAUGUUUCGUUAG